AUGACGACCCUCAAACAAAUGCUCGACCGUUUGGAUCUGGCGCGCUAUCACGAUGCCUUUGUCGACGAGGGCUUCGACACGUGGGAAAUCCUGAUGGACAUUACCGAGUCGGAUCUUGUGAAACUUGGUCAUCGACGGAAACUCCAACGAGCCAUCAUCAGUGCAUCCAAAGACAGAACACCCUUGCCGCUACUGUUGCACUCUGGCUCGCGCGACGAAUCUACUGGCCAGGAUGACUUCAAGAAAGGCCAGAUACCACAUUUCCAGCAACAGCGGUCCCANGGACUCGCAGGAUCAGGAGGCUGCAUCCCGGACCAACAACCCACCGCCGAGGAACAAACGAAAGUACAGACGGCAUCCCAAAGUAGGCAAACAAGAGCGCACGUGGGUAGAGGAGGUGCUAAAGCAGUGGACGCACAGGCAGACGAGCACGCGCCAGAGCGACCACCAUCGGCAUAUGUCAUCUUUUCCAAUCGUACGCANGAGAUCCGCGACCAACUCAAGGGCCGCGAGCUCUCGUUCACAGAGAUUGCCAAACUGGUAGGGGAGCGGUGGCAGGAACUACAAGCACACGAAAAGGAGCCAUGCGAACGCGAAGCGCAGACGCUCAAAGAUAAGUACUACUCGGAGCUGAAGAAGUACAAGAAGACGCCGCAGUACAAGCAGUAUCAGGAUUACUUGGUUGAAUUCAAGGCAAAACACUCGGGUGAAGGCAAUGUCCAGGGCCAGGGCCAGGGUCAAGGUCAGGGUCUAGAUGGCGGGCCAGACUCCAAGAAAAUCAAGCUCCGCAGCACUCAAUCGCGUAGCUAUGACGAGACGAACGUCGACGGCGACGAAGGCGUUGAUGUUAUGGACGGUGCGGAUGGAGCCGAGGGUGAUGAUGGCAUGGACGGCCUUGAUAGCGCACACAACCAGGCAGCCUCGCCGUCCGAGAGAGCUCAACAUUCGCCCUCCUACAGCUCGCCCGCCACCGAAACCUACCGCCAGUUUCCACUCCCGAAAGAGACGUCAGACGCCGGCAGCGCCUCGUCCUACUCCACUUGGCCGCCUGCUCAGCAUGCCUUCCAUACUUCCACCACCUCCCUCCACAGGCACUCGACCAAUUCCACCCUCCGCUCCGAUCAUGCCCUAGACUCGCCCACCCUGCCGACCCACACCAGUGCGCCGAACAAACCCGCCCCCAUACUCCCCUCUCUCAACCAAUUGAGCUCCAUCGCCUCGCGCAAGUCUUCCGACACGCCCCUUCUCAACUGGCCCCUGCAUACCACAUUACCCCCUCUCGACCCCAGAGCCAUGACUCAACGCUCCGCUCCCAACUCUAACUACUCUCCGACAACCCACCACGUCAUCCAACCAACUCCUUCCCUGCAUACUUCGCCCUCGUUGCCCAUGAAGGACUCUCUCGACCUCAGUUCCCAGAACAAGGCCUCGCUGUCCACUCUGCUGCGCGCCACCGAACAUGUCGAACGCGAUGGGGCACAUCCUACCGACUCGAGCGUCCACAGACAAAGUCGAUGA